GGGGUAGGUAGAAGAUACGUACCGAUAAGAGAAUGGAUGCUUUUUAUUCUGUCUUAUCCAUUCACUACAUAUGCAAUUCGCGGUAAACUUCCCAUCCGUCGCAUCAACAGUCAAACACAAAGUCAUACCUUUAAAGCGCCGCCAACCCGACUAGUUCACAUACUCUACAACCGCGGGACCCUACUACCUUCGAAUCCGUUCUCGAAAAUCCAUCAAGAUGUCCGACAACAAAGGCUCGGCGUACGGCACGCCGGCGUCGGACACGUCCUUCCGGCGGAACUACGACCUGGACGAGUACGCGCAGAAGGCCAAGGUACGAGAGUCGGCCGAGAAAGAGGAAGCGAAGGCGCGGUACGAGGCGAAGAUGGCGGGGAAGAAGUACUACAAGCCGAUGACGGGGGACGAGACGCACACGCGCGCGCGGCGCUCGAUCAUCGACCUCGAGGCCAACGUCGGCAAGACCACGCUGGUGCCGGCGGGCGCGGGCCAGGGGAAGCGCGGCCGCGGCGCCGGCUUCUACUGCGCCGCCUGCGACCUCACCUUCAAGGACAACAUGCAGUGGGUCGAGCACAUCAACAGCAUGCAGCACCUGCGCAACGUCGGCGAGACGGGCGAGGUCAGGAAGGCGACCGCCGAGGACGUCCACCGCCGCAUAGCCGAGGUGUGGGAGCGGCUGCAGGAGCAGAAGAAGGCGAGUACGACGACGCUGAAGGAGCGCCUGGAGCUGCGCGAGGAGGAGGCUACGAAGGAGAGGGAGGCGAGGCGGAUCAAGAGGCAGGAGGAGCUGGCGAAGAAGAAGGCCGAGAAAGAGGCUGCUGAGAAGGUUAAGGUCGAAUACGGAGAGGAUGUUCGAAUCGAAGGCGAGCAUGAUGAGGAUGAUAUGAUGGCGGCGAUGGGGAUUACCGGCUUUGGCACAUCGAAAAAGAAGUAAGCUGGUGUUGGAGAAUAAGAUACCUAUUUAACACGUCUGGAGUUGGUCUAUUGGUUAUGGAAUAAUUGUGACAGUAGAACUGGGGUUUGGAUUGAGCUGGCAAUUAAUCCAUUUCAAGGGACAUUUAAUACCCAUUUGUAGUGGAUGGAGAAAAUAAAGGUACUAUCUAGCAUUGCACAAGUAUCCAUACAAUUAAGACAUAGAAACGUUAUUAAUUCAUAUUCACGAUGUUAUUUCAUACCUACGGAACCCACCUUGCGCGGAACAACGCUGAAUGUACAUAGUUAAUUCGCACAGACUCAUUAAUCCG